UAAAACUUGUUAAUAACGCAGCCACAUGUACAUGUAAUAAAGAUAUUAGUGCACCAGCUCGUUUGUAAUCUUUAUUAACGUAUGUCGUAUGGGCUAGUAUUACCGUUUCCCCAAAUUUGACACACGAGGAGGCUCAUGGGAACAAUCAAGCGCGUCGAGUGUGUUGCCAGCCGGUAUUAUUUAGCAGAUGCACUUGACCAGCCAGCAAGUGCAUCAUCACUAUCAUCCAUUGAAUGAUCUCAGGCCCUGGGGAUGGCUGCUAUCGGGCCAAGUCAAUCCAAAAAGGGUGCAGUGUACAGUGACUCCAAUCCAAGCGAAGAGGAUUUGGACAUCAAUGAAGCAGAUGAUCUUUUUGAUGACGCCGUGCUGGCCGGCUCAGUUGAAAAAGACAAGAACGUCACUUCAGAUGCAGCCGCUGGCAGGAAAACGCCAACGAAACGUGACGAUGAAGCAGUCGCUGUUAAGAACAACGAAAAGGAAAAAGACCCGUCUCGAAAGUUCUCUUUAUAUAUAGGACAUUUUUCUUGGUGGACAUCUGACAAAGACCUCAUGCGUGUGGCCCGAAAGUUGGGGGUAAAGGAUAUCCAUGAGAUCAAAUUUGCAGAGAACAAAACUAAUGGCCAAUCAAGAGGCUAUGCAAAGGUGGUGGUGACUUCAGAGGAGUCACUAAAAACAUUGUUGGAGAAAAUACCCCAAUGUACGAUGGAUGGGAAAAGCAUAGACUGCCGCUUUGCCACUCAUCAAAACUUCUCCGUGUUUGAGGAUGUUGCCAACAAACGUUUCCCCAUGCGCAGUAAUUCCAGGGACUUGGAUUCGCCGGAGGUUUCGUCGUUUUCACGGGACACACAUCCUCCCAGCGUGCCCACCCCCUUCCCGCCGCAUCCACUGGGAAAUGUAUUUCCCUCACAUUCCAGCCCUUUCCUUGGCCAGCCACGCCCUCCCUUCCCACCUGUGCCCCCCGGCAUCCUCCCGCCUCCUUUAUUCCCUCCUCAAGCUUUCAGCGUUCCGAGACAGCCGUCUCCAAGCCUGCAUUUAAAUCCAGCAUACUUCACCCCGCCACCAGAAAGACACAGCAGCCAUGCUUAUAGCCAGCAAAAACAAAUGUCUCAAAGGGGAGAGAGAGACUAUGAAGAGCUGUUGAACAGAAAUAGGGCUGUGGCUAGCAGCGCCAUCACCAAGGCUGUGACAGGUGCAACAGCCGGCGAACUGCGGGUGGCCAUGGAAACUCUGCUAACAGCCAUCGCCAUCAUCAAACAGUCCAGCAUCUACAGAGAUGAGCGCUGCCAAGCCUUGGUCACCUCUCUCAAAGACUGCCUUGUGUCCAUCCAGGGAAACGCCGCCUACAGUAGGAGUAGCAGUCACUCCGACAACCGGGAAAGAGAGCGGGAAAGGGAUCGCCACAGAGAGGGUUUGCCCAGUUGGGAAGGCGCCGGAACAUCUCGACGGCAUAGGGAACGUUCCCGGAGUCGAGAGAGGGACAGGGAGCGCUUGCGGGACAGGCACAGAGACCAGAGGGACCGAUACCGCUGACUGGGUAAGCUUGUAACGUGGCAGCUUUGUGUGGUCCACUAUCACUAACGCUUGAACAUCACAUCGACACCGGAGGGGGCUCUCAGCAGCCUUUAGCUUCAUUUUUCUUUCAACACUACGUUAAUUGCAGAGUUCUUGAUACUGGUACGUCCGCCUGUACGUCUGCUUUGUGUGGUUUGCUGAUGAUUCAGUAACUACCACCGUUUGUUUGGUUUUUUUAAUCUGCACAACUCACAAAAAGUUAGGAAUUCAGAUUUUGGGUGUUGUGAAUUUUGCCAAACAGCAAGUUGUGCAUAAAAAAUGCUGAAACAAUGAAGAGUUGAACACGUGCAUAAAAAAGUUGAGAGACGUUCACAUGACAUGAAGUUUACCGUGCAUUUUGGGUUCAUCCUGAAAUUUCACCCGAAUACAGGUGGUGCUCGGGUUACGAACGAGUCCCGUUCCUAGACUGUGAUGUAAGUAACCCCUGAGUCACUCACACUGAGCACAGAUCACAUGAAGGACAUACACAAUACAGUAGAAAAACUCAGUACUUUUAUCCCUGCGGUUGUGUUGGAGUCCUUUCUGCCUUCUUAAAAUAUUGUCGCAGGCUCGUCUGUUCUCCUCCCAGAUUUCCGUGUAACAGCGUGCGGAAUCCAUGACCCCUCUAGAACUCAUUUGCAUUCAAUAAUCUUUAUCCAGGCUUCAAACUCUUUCUUUCAACUGAAAAAAUAGAAGCACACCACUACACACCAAUACAGACCGUCCAAAUAAAUGUCUAUAUUCGUUCCAUUCAAAGUUAAACCCGAAUAAGAGGAUUGGCGUUUCGCUCACCGCUGUCUGGUGUUAUAGUAAUUCUCCGUGGCGUGUGCACAUACACAAAAACAGUCUCGGAGAAGCGACCGAUAAUUUGGAGUCAUUGUGUUGGUAUGAUUUUGCUAACGUUAGGAGCAAAUUCGCUAUUAUUUGCUGGCAACAAACAUAACUAAUGGGCAUGCAGGUGUUACGUGGGGAGCGGCUUGCAUCUUGGGAGCAGGAACUAAUCCAGUAAUCCCUCAUCUAUCGCGGUUAAUUGGUUCAAGACCUGACAGUUUACAAUCUUUUAAAUAGGGGGUUUAACAUUAUUACAGCCCUUAAGACAUUAAAUAACACUCCUACAGUCACCUCUAAAUUUGUAUUACCCAAUAUAGUAGGUAUAAUCAGAGAAAAUAAAACAGACAUAAAUAAGAUAACAUAGACUCACACGUUAGCAGUUCCUUGUUUUCUGGACAGUGUAUUUAUUACCUAAUAUAGUAGCCAGAUUAAGAGUAAAUAAGCCAAGUAAGAUGUAAAUAAAACUCUAGUAAAAGUGUCUCCUGUGGAACUUUAGUGAGGAGUGUAGUGCCUCACAGAACACCGACACCUCGUGGCCAAUGUAGAAUACUACAUUCACAAUUACAGUGCUUCUUCUGCCUUGUAUUUGUAUUUUACUUCAUUUAGUUCAGUGGUCUCCAACCUUUUUUGACCCACGGACCGGCUUGAGUUCCCACAAAUCUCCCGCGGACCAGGGGAGAGUUUGUAAAUUAUAGCCAUCUAAUUUAUCUUAUUUAUGAUGUAUUGUGUAAAACUAAGACAUGAGCAACAUCACAUUAAAAGCACAAAAUGAAUGCGGACCCACCAUCCACCAGUACAAGCCUGGAGUGUGUUUUCCAGAGAGAUUAUUACAUCAAUGUUUGACGUGUGUGGUAAAAGGCAGUGUGCUAGCAUUAAUUCACUUCAGACAAAUGUGCACAUUAGCACUCAAUAAGUCAUCAAAACUUACCUUCAUGCAUUCGCACAUAGUAUCAGCAUUUGACACCAAAUAUGAGGUGAAAGAAAACCAGUAAACCUACAGUUUAGUAGUCUAUCUGUGCAGCAUGAAAGUUAGCACAUGCAUGUCAGUGCGUUCAGGGACCAUCGAACAAAGUGGGACGUGGCGCCACUUGCAACAAACAACAUAUAAAUGCCAAAACUAUGGGAUUUGUAACUGUAUAUUAUUUUUUAAUAUAAAAUAAUGGCCCUUAUUUCCGAAAUUGAUAUUAAUUUACAGAAAAUUUGAUGUAGUUAUUGACAAGUGUAUUUUUUGCUUUUUGCUUAAUUUAGGCCAAUAAUAAGUACAAUUUGCUGAAAUAUUUUUUUACUAAUAAUAGGCUGUAUUCAACCACAAAACUGAUCAUUUAUUAAUUUUUGAAAAACCACAAUACUGUAUAGCGAGGGAGCGUUAAUCGAACCGCGAUAUUGCAAGGGAUUACUGUAUAUUGUGGGCGUGUCUCCUGUCACUGCGCUUUUUAUGAUGUUCAUUUUCACUUCCAUGAUGAUGGCUUUCCUUUUCUUUGGCGCACUGCCGCAUUUGGAGACACAAUGACGUGUUAAAAGGGACCUAAUCAGCGAUGUUAUUCUUCCUCGGUGUGGCUGCUCAGGCACACACUUCAUUCUUAUGCUCCUUAUGCGCGGCUCGUAUUCUUCCACCAGCGCGAGCUGUAACUAGUUCUCGAGCAAGUCCUGAUCGUCUUCAGGGACCAAAAUUACGUUUUAGUUCAUUUACGGGAGCGCCUAAACCAAGGACCACCUGUAUCCCGUGACUUUUUUGUGAGUAGUGUGCGUCAUGAAGGUCAAAUGAAAGGAUUUACCUGUUUGAAAGGCCACCAAUGAUUAUUUUAGAGGACACUUAUGUACGUCAGUGUGUUCAGAAAGUAUAAUCGGACCACUUCAAUUAGGUCACAUUUAUGUUCCAUACUUAGUAACUAAUUUUUUUAAACCACCACAUCUAACAAUAAAGCAAAGGUAAAGUGCUGACUUUUUUCGGUGAAAAUUCAAUGAUUGAUCGUUUCGGCACAACAAAUGUGGAAAAACUGCAGGCCAGCUGAAUACUUUCCCAUCAUUCUUUUGUAAUAGGAACUUCUUGAAUGUUUUUCUUCAGACCGCUGCUGUUGGAAGUGUACCGAGGAAAUGUGCUUUUGUUUCUGCACACACUUGUAAAAAAGACUCAAUGUCAAAAGCCUGUACUUGUUUCUUUAUCGACUCCUGAUAGGACUUGUUUGAAGGAUAUACUGUGUAGAUUCAUUCAGAUUAGAAUCCUUGCAUGUGCAGACGCCUGCAAAUGUACAUAACACUGUGUCAUGUUCGUCAUUGUCUUUUGUAUUAUAUUAAAAAAAAAACUCCCUAAACUGUAUCCAUGUUAUUUUUCAGUUUGCUGUUCCAAGUGUACAUUUACCAGUCG